AUGCGGUCCAAAUCUCGCUCGUGUCUCCUUUUCUAUACCUUGCUUUUGAUUGUAAGUAAUAUCUUUAUGGUUGAACGCUGUAUAGUGAGAGAACGUUAACUUUGGAUGACAUAUUAUGUUGUCUACUCUGUUUAUUCUUAAAGUAUAAUUUAACAAUUUCUAUGAACUAGUCUUUUUACGUUGCAAAACGGUAUAUUACACUGAUUUCUAAACUAUUAUUCCACUUUUAGAUCAAUGGCUUGGCCCUGAUAGCCCUGUCCUUAUGGUUUCUUCUAGAUCCUUCUAAAAGUUACCUAUUGGACUUGGUUGACUUUUCCGAAGAUGAUCCACUCCUAAAGUUCACAGCUUACAUUGCUUUAGGCACCGGAAUCUGCAUAUUGUUCGUAGCGUUUGUAGGAUGUUUUGGCACUGUCAUUUCUGGCAAAUUUAUUAUGGGCAUGGUAAGAUUUUUGAAAACAGGUCCUUUUGAUACCGUAUAAACUAAGUAUUUGUUGUAAAGUAUUUCAUGACAUAUAAUAAGUUAGUUAUAGUUUAAAAAUAUUUUGAAAAGUAAAGUAAUUUAUAUACUUUUAGUACCUAUUGUUCAUGGUAUGCUUGUUAGCAGCAGCGGCCUCCAUUAUCACUUUACCGUUGAUCUUCAAGUCCAAAGUAAGUAAAAUCAUCUUAUCUAGUAUGAUAUUUAGUUCGACAACGACAGAAUGGGUGUGUAUCUGGGAAACAUCAGUUACAACAGGUACUAUCGAGACAAGUGGACUAUUCCUUUGAUGGAUUCUAUUCAAUUUUAUGUAAGUAAGAAACAGGAAGAAAAGUUUUAUCUUCACCAUUAAUACAACAAUGUUAUCCUAUAAUUUUACUAGCAACAAUCAUAACUAUUGGCGUUUAAAUUACUGUAAUUACAGCAAAAGUGUUGUGGAGGUAACAAAGGCGCUCUAGACUACCAGAACUCCUUUUGGUACAUAACCAAUGUAGAAAGAGGUACCAGAAGCUUUGUACCAUCGUCUUGCUGCAAACAGUCCCAAGAUGGACGAGCUUGGGCUUCAAGACCAAUAGACCCCUUGUGUAUAACAUACCCAUACGGUACCACUGCCUUCAAUACAGCUGUGAAUACUCAAGGAUGUCAUGAUAAGGUUGAAGCAGCAAUGAACGAAAUGAUCAUGUACUACGUCAUCGCUGGAAGUGCUACUGCUGUCUUAUUAGUAGGUUUUGAGCAUUUUUUUGAAUUUUUUCCUUUUUAUAGUAUCUAUAAUAUAAUAAUCCUUUACAAUUGCAAAGAAAUACAAUAAAAACUAAAUUAAAUUUUAUUUUUAGCUAAUUGGAGGCAUUUGCACAAUCUUCUUUUAUCGUCACUUGAAAUGGUAUCAAUACAUUCCACAAUAA